AUGGAAAAUCUUCACACUGACAACAUGAUUCCCGAGUGUGAGGAACAACUGUUGCAUCUGGAAUUCUUUAUUGCAAGAGACUUCAAGUAAGAGCAUAUGAGGUUUUGAGCUUUGGAUCAUAUGGUAUAGGUUUGUCAUAUGAUUGUAAGACGUAUCUGAAUAAUGCAGUGGGCAUCCAUCCGGGAACUAAAAACGAAGGAUAACAAAAUGAAAUUAUCAUAUGUAUUUUUUAACUUUUGGUUUUGUAAAUACGUUUCUACCAGAGUUGUUAAAAAAGUAAAAUAGGAUUAAGUUGUACAGACGUUCAUUACGUAUUGAAAUCGUCUUUGGUUUGCAUUGGUUGAUGAACUAAUUAUGACAAGGCAGACGCCAGGGCAGAACAGAGGGUGCAAAAGGGAACAGUAAAUAGAAAUCCUGAGAUUCAUGUGCAAUGUCUUACUCCUUUCGGAUCAUUAUACGUUUCUGGGAAACUGCCCACCUACCCCUCCCCUAAGCCAACAUUAACACUUUCUUCUCACUUAGGGCAAAAUGUUGGCUUAGGGGAGGGGUAGGUGGGCAGUUUCCCAGAAACGUAUAGUGAUCCCUUUCUUGCUUUUUUUUUUUUUUUUUUUUUUUUGUGAUAAACUAUUUGCAUCUUUCAUCAUUGAUCUACGUUAAGUAGCUGUUGAGAAAAGAGGAACCCUUGAAACUUUUUGCAGGGUAGUUGUGCUUGUAGGUUAUGGUGUUGUUUAAAAUGUUUGCAAUAAUAUAAUGGAAUUAAUUUGCAGACUAUAAAAUUGUGCUGAAUAAGCUUUUUUCUGUGUUUUAGGCUUGAUCCAGAAAUAAAAAGACUUUGCAAAGACGAUGCCAAAACAGUUUGUGGUGCUUCUUCAUUAGAUGACCAGGAGUCAUAUCCCAACAGCUUACUGAUAUCUUGUCUUUACAGGAAUUCUGUUCUGGACACGCAAACCAAGGUAAAGUCAAACCUCCUUAAUACAGACGCAACAUUGACACACAUGUGUGUUAAUAUUAGAACAGUCCAUACUGUCUAAUGAAAAAAUAAUGUGAGUUCAUGGGCAAGCGAGAGCUCAGGAUGGCCAGAUAUUGGUCAAGUUCUCUUUUUGGAUGUUUUUGUGGACAAAUAUCGUCUUCUCGUCUUUUGAUCUCCUUUUAAAUUCUCACAUUUUUCGCUAGCACCAACAGAAAACAAUUAUUUUUGAAGUUUCUUGGUGUUGUGAAAACCUGUUGUGUUGUAUUCAGCUCAUUAAGGGAAUAAAAAUCUUUAACUUCAUUUUUUAAUGCUUAGAAAGUUCUUAGAUUUCACUCAGGUUAUAUUUAUUAAAACAGCUACAAAAGCAUUGAAGAUACUGCGCUGAUACGACGGUCUCGAUAAAAACAAAGAACGUGGCUUUGUCGAAACUGUUUCCUUAAUAGGCUGAUGUAGCAACCGAACGGGAACGUCAGUUGACGACGGGAAAGCUCGCGGAAAGAACUAAACGCGACUUCUGGUGCCCAAUUUGUUGCUCUGCCAUUGGUCAAACCAGUUGUUUGAAUUGCGCGCGCCGUCGUUCUCUGAAUCGUACAAACGUCUCCCCUUCGCAACGCACAAGUUUUCUGAUCCUCGAUUAUUGCUAGUUAAUGUUUUUAUUUCAUUAUAAGUGUUUUACAGAUGAGUAUUGAUUUAUAUUUCACCUAGGUUUCACCUAAGUGUGCCGCUCAUGUUCAACGAGUGAUGCACCAGAGGGCUGUCGAUGUUCAUCUUAUGCCUGAGAUACAGAUUGCCUGUGUUCAGGAUCUUGGAAAACACUGUAGUGAAAGGGUUGAGAAAGGAGAGGUAAGAUAG